CACUGGUUCUGACGUGCAGUUGUGAAACGAGCAGCGGUCUAACUUAAGAAUUUAAUUAUCUAAAAAAAGUUGUUUUAACUUGACAAAUAUCUAAAUAAUUACGCAAAAUUGUUCUUAUAUUAACGAACAUAUUUAUCAUAGACGGACAAGUUUAAUCAAGUUUGUAUUUAAAGAAAAAAGUCUCUACAAACCCGAAACAAAAUGACUGAUUGUAUAAGAAGAGCCCUUGGAUUAGAACAAGUAGAUUUAUCAGGAAAACUUAUAAUGAUUGAUGAACAUCAUGGGAGUGACGCCAAUUUUCUUGUCAAUGCUGUUCUAUCAAAAUCAUUAGAAAAAGGCCGUGGUAUUUGUUUGGUAUUGUUUCACAACACUUUUGGUCACUAUCAUAAUAUAGGAAUGAAAUUAGGAUAUAAUUUAAAUAUUUUGCGAGAACGUGGAGGAAUAACUGUCGUUGAACCGAUGAAGUCAAUUCUCUACAGUGUUGAAGAAUUGGGACAUGAUUCAGUAGAUCCAGGAACAACUGAAUUAGAGGAAAAAAUUAGAGACUCCUUUGAUAAUACCAAGAUGCCGUGUCCAACGAAGCUCAAUGAAAAUCUUGUCCAACAUCUGUUCGCAUCGCUUAGGGAUCAAUAUUAUGAAGUAAAAAAAGUCAAUGAAAAUGUGACGAUAAUCAUCGACGACAUCACUCAUUUAAUUGACUUGAAUUUAAGCCUCAAAGAAGUCUGGUUUUAUACAAGAUAUUUGAGAUCACUGAUGGAGAUAGAGCCAAAACUUUCAAUGUGUAUUUUGGGUCACUCUUAUCAGACUGACGCGAAUAAUUGUUACUCAAACAUGGUCGUAACUGUUUUAAGACGUAUGGCUCAUCUUUAUGUUUGUACAGAACCUCUGAGUACUGGCCAUUCUCGUGAAAUUUCUGGUUUACUGAGUAUAGUGUGGAGAGUUGCUUCGAUUAGAAAACAGUAUCAUUGGGCUGAUAGGACUGUUUAUUUAUAUAAAUUAUUAGACCGACAAAUUAAAUUAUUUACUCCUGGUGGGACACCUCUGCAAUCAUAAAUAAUUUUUUUAUAGAAAACAGCUAUAAUGUAAAUAAUUAUUUUUGAUAAAAGACAUUCAGGAAGAUUUAAUGUUAGAGCCAGUAAAAACAUGCAUUCUGAAGGACAUUGAUAAAUAAUUUAAGAAAAUAAACUAUAAAAUAUUAGACUUUUCUGGAAUAUUUUCUGACGAUUUUUAAGCUUCUAAUCAUUAAUUGAUAAUUUUAAUUACUGAUAAUAUAUUUCGAAAUAACGAAUUAUAAUAUUCGUAUUUGAAAUGACCUAAUAAUUGUAGUUUAUAUUAUUAAAAAAAUUUUAAAUAAUUUCUUCCUGUAUAAAAAUUAUCACAUUUUUAUUUAUUAUAAAUGUGGAUAAUAUAUUAGAAAAAAAAUAUUGGAACAAUCUAGAUCAAUUCAAUCAUAAGUUAUGAAUACAUUUGUACUUUUUUAUUUAUAACUAAUCGAUUAAUUGUAUUUAAUGAGACAAUUUUUACUUACCAACUGUAAACUAAAUAAUGCGAGCUGACUUCAUGUGAAUUGAUGAUAGUUAAUGUAAAUUAUUUUUGUAAGGGAAAGGAUGUGUGUUUCAAGUUAAUGUGUAAGCUUUAUAAUUAAGCUUGUAUAUAAAUGGGUAACAUAACGAGCCAUAUAAAUGAAAGUAAAAAAUCGAUAGUGAAUGAACGAGUAAUAUUAAAAAAAAUAUGGAAUGGAAUUGAAAAUAAUCUUCAAUAUCAUGCAAACAUUUUUUUUUUAAAGUAAAUACAAAUAUCAUUUUAUUUAUUUUAGUAAAAUUAUUUUUCUUCGUAAUUAUAAUUAAAUUAAUUAUUAAUCAUUAUUUAAUAUUUAUAACAACUAGCUUUUGUACGACAUAUCCACAGUACACAAAAUAUUUUACUUUUGAUCCGGAUAUGCCGUUGACUAUUGAUGUCCAAACAAACGCUAAAUUCAUGAUCAUCAUGGACGCAAUGAGUUAUUUACUCAUAUAUUUUUACAAUAAACCUAAACAAUUGAAAUUUUUAAUUGGUUAUAUUGCAAUGGUGCAUAAGGAUAUGGAUCUUAUGAAGGAGGAUAUGACUGUAAAUAUCAAUUUAUAGAUUUUGUUCAUUAGAAAAUUUUUUUCUAAACAAUUUAUUAAAGCACAAUUCAAAAAUA